AUGUCCGUAUUGCUGCAUGGAAAAGGCGAAUGUAACAAUGAGUCGUGCUAUCACAAGGUGCAGCAUUGGGCCCGCCCCGUCGACGACAGCCUACACCGACCAACACACCGAACCCACCGAGAAGCCUCUGACGCACGGCCCCUACGGCCAAUUGCUCCAUUGACUCACAGCUCAACUUUUGCAUCUUCAAACCACCAACCCGCCGCCCAACUACCGGCCCGUCGCCAGCACCCAACCCUACGAUCGCCAGCACCGCCUCUGGACCGAUCGACCGACCGCCGAAGACCGCUCAUGUCGCAGCAAAAGGGCAAGCAGGGCAAGAAGCCCGCCAAGGCCGGUGAGGGCAAGCGCGAGGAUGUGCUCCAGGCUGUGGUGAGUACCACUCCAUGGUGGGGCAACAACGUCGAAAUCCAGAUCCUGAUGCUAAUGCGCCCGCCCGAUCUCCAGGUCAUCGCCGACUCCUUCCAGGACAGGUUUCACCCGCUCACAUCGACCAGCCGAGAUCACGGCGACCUCGUGUCCAACAUAUCUCUCGAGAAGGCGCUGACGGGGCACAAGGCGCGGAAAGAGGCCUCGGCCACCAACAUCAUGACCGUUGUGCUGCGCUCCGGCGGUGACGACGAACACAGGACAAAGGCCAACGGCAUCACACCAACAUUUGUCAUCGACUCCAAGACGAGGAGAUGUCUUCACUACGACGAGUCGCACCCCCUCCAGAGCGACCACUAUAUGACACUCGAUCCUACCAUCAUCGACGAGCUGUCGGCCGAUUUCGAGGUCCGCUCCGACUUUAUCGACGCCCAGAUCGACAUUUGCACCCCCGAGGUGCUCGCGCUGUGGUCAGAGAGUUUCGACUAUGAGCUGCCGAGGAGGAAUUUCCUGCACGGUGUGCUCAAGGACUGGGAGCUGAACGGAAAGGCCAUCUACGCCGAGAUCCUGGAGGACGGCUACGCGGCGCGCGCCAACAACCUGCAAAUGUACGAGGCCAUCAGCAGAGACGUUAUUGGCCGCUGGACAUUCCCAUUCAUCCCCGACUGCAACGUCUUGCCCGGGCAGAGCUACCAAAUGCGCAAGCACGGCGUGUCGGCGGAAGAUGGUGUCGAGUUUGCGCUGAGCAGCAGGGUGUCCAACGCCAUCUUUGGCAAGAACACGAUUGUCGGAUCAGGCAGCACAGUCAGCGGCAGCAUCAUCGGCAGGCGGUGUACCAUUGGCGUCAACGUGACCAUCGAGGACAGCUUCAUCUGGGACGAUGUCAUUAUUGCCGACGGCGCCGUCGUCAGGCGAUCGAUACUCGGCCACUCGACCGUCGUGGGCAAGAAGGCGUCGGUCGGCGAAGGUUCCGUGCUCUCGUCCGAGGUGACGGUCAGCGACGGCAUUCACCUGCCCGAAAGCACAGUCAUCUCCUCGCUCGCCCACGACGGCAAGCCCGUCGACCCAGACACCAAGCUGCUGGGCCCGCGCGGCCGCGGCACCGCCUAUGUCGACCCCGAAGCCGAAGACUUCGACGACGAAGACCCGGCCAUCCUCCAGCGCUCCCUCCUGUACAACCUCUCCGCGCUCUCCCUCAGCGCGUCCUCCCUCUCGACGCUCUCGUCCGACCUCGACUCGACCUUUGGCGACGACGACUACAACACGUCGCUGUCAGCCGACGAAUCGCGCCACCGCCUCUCGUCCUUCGCCUCGGACGACUCGGGCGCCGGCGGCAAGUCGUCGUCGUCGUCGUCCUCGUUCCACCAGGACGCCGUGCACGGCCUCCUCGACGCGCUGCGCGACGACACGGGCGACUUUGACUCGGCCAAGCUCGAGUUCAUGGGUCUCCGCCUCGCCAACGACGCGUCGGACGUGCAGAUGCGCAAGGCCGUCGCCGUCGCCUUUGCCCGCCGCGCCGCCGAGCUCCUGACGCCCGCCCACGGCGCCCUCGAGCCCGCCAAGGCCGCCGACGCCGCCCUCGCCGCCCGCAGCGGCGCCCCGUCCUUCAUCCGCGAGUCGGCGUCGGCGGCGGCGAGCCCGAGCAGCGCGAGUUCGUCCUCGCGCUGCAAAAGGCCCUCCCUCGACGUGCUCGAGGAGGAGGCCAUUGUCGCGUGGUGGGGCGACGAGAGGGCCGCGGCCGGCGAGGGCAUGGCCGCCGUGCGAGAGAGGUGUAGGGUUCUCGUCGAGUGGCUCGAGAACGCCGAGGAGGAGGAUGACGACGAGGAGGAUGACGAGGAUGACAGUGACGACGAGUAG